AUGCGUAAUCCUAUUUCUUUUUCCUAAAGGCUAUAGACUAUACUUCUUAAAAUAUUUAAGUACGUUUGGUCUUUGGUGUUUACAUCUCCUAGUUCUCUUACUCUACUAGCGAAUAGCGAUUGUCGACUACUUUUGUGGUUACACUAAGCACUAAGCGGUAUAUUAUCAAGUAUCAAUUUGAAUUCUAGUUCGAGAAUCGACUAGAGUGAAUUCACGUAUUACUCGUAAUAUUUAUACAUACUGUGAUAUUUUUAAUUAAUUACGGUUUAUAAACGUGUUUGUUUUUCUUUCGGAAUCCCAACAACCGUCCAUCUUACACCAUAUAUUGCAUUAUUGUUCUGCAGCCUGUAAGUUUCAUAUUCUUAUUAUACAAUGGCUCAGAACGUCAAUCCAAGACUCGAAGGUACUUCGUCCAACUCUCCAAAACGUAGCGAAGAUAUGAAUGACAGAAUAGAAUCGAAUAAAGUCGUUCAAAGAUUGCAAAAAGAAUUGAUGAGUUUGAUGAUGUCAUGUGACGAAUCAGUAUCAGCUUUUCCAGAUGGUGAUAAUCUUUUUAGAUGGAUUGCCACAAUAGUUGGACCUAAAGAUACUGUAUAUGAAAAUUUAAAAUACAAAUUAAGUAUGGAAUUUCCACGUGGUUAUCCAUAUAAACCACCCACUGUUACAUUUUUAACUCCUUGUUUUCAUCCUAAUGUGGACUUUGCAACUGGCGCCAUAUGCUUGGAUAUUUUAAAAGAAAAAUGGUCUGCUAUGUAUGAUGUCAAAGCAAUACUUAUAUCAUUACAAUCUCUUCUUGGAGAGCCAAAUAAUGAAAGUCCUUUAAACGUUAAAGCAGCCCAACUAUGGCCAAGACAAGAAGUUUUUAAAGCAACAUUGUUAAGCACAUACAAAGAGUCUGAAUCAACCCAAUAAAUUGUUAUGCAGUCAUCUAUAGGAUUAUUACUGUAAACUAUUCUAAUCAGACGUCAGGGAAAUUUAAUAAUUUUCUGUAGUUUAUUAUACUAUUUUAUUCUCAUAUUAUAUUAAGCUUUGGUUUAUAUGAUAAUAUGUACUUUUUUACUUAUCCUUUUUCUUACUAUAUUAGAUGUAUAAUCAUAUUCUUGCUUAUUUAGCUGUGAAUUAAAACUACUUUAUAUUUAAUUUA